GGGGCGAUGCUAGGGGUGGUGACCGGAAGAGGCUGUGGUUCUCAGCCACCGUUGAACAGUUGUUGUCAGGAGGAUCUCAGUGCUCUGUGCCGGAGGCGUUUCCUAGGGAUGCGGCCCUGGGGAGGGUUUCUUGGGGUCUCCUUGGAGCUCCUGGACCAGACCCCACAGUGAAGGCUGCAAGAUCUUCCUUCUGGUCCCAGAAGCUCUGGUUGAGUCCACAGACCCUGCCUGGCCCUAGGCUCCUGGGAAGAGCGGAGUUGUCAGCAAGAGAGCCAGAGGGCUGAGGCCCAAGUAAACAUGCCAGCCAACCAGAGCUCUCCCCAGUGGUCCCUGGCCCUGACUGCAGGAGGAAGAGACAGCUCCUGUGAGCUUGUGUUGUUACAGGUCUCAGUGUCACUUGAGGAUGUGACUGUGGACUUCAGCAGGGAGGAGUGGCAGCAAUUGAACUCUACUCAGAGACGCCUGUACCAGGAGGUGAUGCUGGAGAACUACAGCCACCUGCUCUCAGUGGGGUAUGAAGUUCCCAAACCAGAGGUCAUCUUCAAGUUGGAGCAAGGAGAGGAGCCAUGGAUAUUAGAGGGAGAAACCCCACAUCAGAGUUGUUCAGAUGGGAAGUUUGGGAUUAAGACCUCACAAAAAAGAAUUUCUGGGAAAGCUUCAUUUCAUAGUGAAAUGGAGGGUGAAGAUAUAAGAGGCGAUUCAUUGUAUUCCAUUUUAGAACUGUGGAAAGAUACUGAACAGAUAAAAAGAUAUCAGGAAAAACACAGCAAAACUGUGAGUCAUGCUACAUUCGUAAAUAAGAAACUAUUGAAUACGGAGUGGCAUUAUGAAUAUAAAGACAGCAGAAAAUUUGUUUAUCCAAGCCCAAAUCAUAUUAUUGCCUCACAGAAAAGACCCCAUAAAUGUGACUCAUUUGAAAAGGGUUUUAAGCAUGAUUUAGAUUUACAUAUUCAUUCUAAAAACAAAGCAACAAAGAACUUUGAUAAAAUUAAUAGACACAGUCAAAAUUUCACCCAGAGUUCUUUUACUAACCAUGAAAGUAUGCAUACAGGAGUGAAAUUUUGUGAAUGUAAUCAGUGUGGGAAAGUCCUCAACCUCAAACAAGCACUCAGUCACAAUCUGAAGUUUCCUGUUGGGGAAAAAGGAAAUAUGUGUACUGAAUUUAGGAAGAUACUGACCCAGAAGUCACACCUCUUUGCAACUCAGAGAUUUCAUACUAUGGAAAAACCUCAUGAACUUAGCAAAUGUGCAAAUGUUUUUACACAAAAGCCACUACUCAGCAUAUAUUUGAGAGUUCAUAGAGAUGAAAAACUGUAUAUAUGUACUGAAUGUGGGAAGGCUUUCAUCCAGAAUUCAGAAUUAAUUAUGCAUGAGAAAACUCAUACUAGAGAAAAACCCUAUACAUGCAGUGAAUGUGGAAAAUCAUUUUUCCAGGUGUCAUCUCUACUUAGGCACCAGACAACCCAUACCGGAGAGAAACUCUAUGAAUGCAGUGAAUGUGGGAAAGGUUUCUCCCUGAACUCAGCUCUCAGUGUUCAUCAGAAAAUUCAUACUGGAGAGAGACACCACAAAUGCAGUGAGUGUGGGAAAGCCUUUACCCAAAAAUCAACACUCAGGAUGCAUCAGAGAAUUCAUACAGGAGAGAGAUCCUAUAUUUGUACUGCAUGUGGGCAGGCCUUCAUCCAGAAGGCACACUUGAUUGCACAUCAAAGAAUUCAUACUGGAGAGAAGCCUUAUGAAUGCAGUGACUGUGAGAAAUCUUUCCCUUCUAAGUCACAACUCCAGAUGCAUACACGAAUUCAUACAGGAGAGAAACCCUAUAUAUGCACUGAGUGUGGGAAGGCCUUUACCAACAGGUCAAAUCUCAAUACUCACCAGAAAUCUCAUACUGGAGAGAAGUCUUAUAUAUGUGCUGAAUGUGGUAAAGCCUUCACUGACAGGUCAAAUUUCAAUAAACACCAGACAAUUCAUACUGGAGAAAAACCCUAUGUUUGUGCUCAUUGUGGGAGGGCUUUUUUCCAGAAGUCCGAAUUAAUUACACAUCAGAGAAUUCAUACUACAGAGAAGCCUUAUAAAUGUCCUGACUGUGAGAAAUCCUUCUCCAAGAAACCACAUCUCAAAGUACAUCAACGAAUUCACACAGGAGAAAAACCAUAUAUAUGUGGAGAAUGCGGGAAAGCCUUCACUGACAGAUCAAAUUUCAAUAAACACCAGACAAUUCAUACUGGAGAAAAGCCCUAUAAAUGCAGUGACUGUGGAAAGGGCUUUACUCAGAAAUCAGUUCUGAGUAUGCAUCGUAAUAUUCAUACAUGAAAGUAACCCUGUCUCUUAAAAAUGAGAAAGCCUCAUCACAGAAGUCAGGUAUAAGGGUAUGUUAUAAAAUUCAUCCAAGACAGACCCUAUAUGAAUAUAUGGCAUAGUAAAAAGUAUUCGUCAGGCUUUCUCACUUGAGGUAAAAAAAAUUAUUUAGAUGAUAUCCUCUUAGAAUGCAUUGAAUGAAGGGGAAUUUUCAUAUUUGCACAGCCUCACAAAAUACAGGGUGUCCCAAAAAUGUAUACACACUUUGAGAUAUAAUUAGUGUUUAUUAACAUACAGUUCAUCUCCAAAAUUUAAAUGAAUCUAUAGAAAUGAGUGUGUAUACAUUUUGGGGACACCCUGUAUAAUAGAAUUCAUACUAGGAAAAAUGAUGUCAGUUUGAUACAUUAGGAAGAAAGCCUUCCUAUUGUAAAGAAAGUAUUAUAAGGCAAAUUGUUACCAAAUUCUUUACAGAUGGAGUGUGUAAAAUUAUGUAAAUGUUAGUCAUGUUUACUGUUAUAUUAAGCAAUUUAAAGUGACAACAAAAUGAAAAGCAGGACAACAAAAUAACAUAUUUGAUGUGUAGACCUACUCUCAGUUCUGUAGGUUGUGGCAGAACACAUUGCACAGCAGGAGGAAUCAUUGAAGUUCAUUUUUUAAAUUUAAUAUAAUUGCAUCUAUUACAUAUGUCUUCUAUUGAAUUUUCCUCUCCCAUGAAUUCACAGUUUUAUGGUCAUUGUGAUUUUAUAUAUACACUCAUCUGAAGAUAUAAUUUUACAUGAACACACAAAUGUAAUCCUAUCAUUCAUACUGGUUCCCAUGACAUUGUGUCUUUAUCCUUUUUAAUUGUGGAACAAUGCAAAAAUGCCACAGGUCUCUCCUGUCAUUUUUUGCAUGCUCCUUUGCAAUGUUACUCUGUUUUUUCUCUUAUUAAGAAGUACAGCUCCCUCUCUACUCCUUGACUCUUAACUUGGCCAUGUGACUUGUUUUGGCCACUGUACAUUAGCGAAGAGAUUCAAGAAAUGGCUGAAGAAGUGUGAAAAAAACUUACCUGAGGCUUACUCUCUUGCUACUCUUUGGAAUUCUAAGCCUUUCAUAUGAAGAAGCUCAGAUUACUCUGCUGGGGGAUGAGAAACCAGAUGGAGCAAAGAUGAGCCAGCCUAGCUGAGGCCCUUCAGGUCAACUACCAGACAUGUGAGUGUGGCCUUCCUUGGUCUCCAACCCCAACCAAUCCAGCCCAUAUAAGAAGAGCCAUACCGGUUAUCCCAGCAAACAUGGAGAACUGUGAGAUAAAUAAAAUAAUUAUUGUCUUAAA